AUGCGCGAUGAAAACAACGCUAUCUCUAAAUCCACCGUUGAAAGAACAAUCAAACGCUUCGAGGAAACUAGCAGCGUGAAAAAUCGCCCAAUACCUGGACGCCCAGUAUUAGCAACUAGUGAAGAAAAGCAAAUGGAUGCUGCGCAAUCAUUCGUUGAAGAUCCACACCUCAGCAUUCGUAAAGCAGCUCAGCAACACGACAUUAACAAUUGUAGAUUUUGGAACGACGGCAACCCUUGCUGGAUGAUGGAAGCUCACACUCAAUAUCCGGAAAAAUGCAACGUCUGGGCGGGUAUUCUAAAUAAUCAAAUAAUUGGUCCAUUUUUUAUUGAGGGUAAUUUGACGGCAGCAAAAUAUGAAGAAAUGUUGAGAAAUGAGAUAGUUCCGGCAGUUCGGCAGAUUGUAGGUGACAACUUUGCGCAAACGUGGUUUCAACAGGAUGGCGCGGCACCUCAUUUUGGUAGAGAUGUUCAUCAGUCACCUGAAAUUCAAGUCGUCAUGAGUUACAAGGCAGAGCUAAUAAUCACUGCCGCAACGGAUCUCCACGGCAAAAUCGCCCGCACUCACGAGAACCUGAUGAAGCUGGGCGCUGCCAAGAUCACGAUGGGCGCCGUGGAAGCGCGUCUGCAGUCCUUGGAAAAAGGCAAUGCCUACCUCGGCAAUAAAGGGCUGCUGUUGGACCUUCUGCGUAGCCUCAAGACUGAGGAAAAGGAAGCUAGCACGAAGGUGUUAGAGCCGUCCUCACAAGCUCCUCGCACGACUCUUCCGAGGAUUCAGCUACCUCAUUUCUCCGGAAAUGAGAACUUCGAGCGCGCAUGGGAUGUUCUCGUUACCUACUAUGAGAACAAGCGGCUCCUGGUGCGCAGUUACAUCUCCCAGUUCACAUCACUCCAGAAGCUGAAGAACGAGUCCGUGGUGGAGCUGCGCAAACUCUGCCAUAGCGUGAAGAGCACCGUAGGCUCACUGGAGAGCAUUGGGCGCCCGAUCACGGAGGGCGAAGAUCUUUUCCUCUUCUUGGAUCGUCGGCUUCACACAUUGGAAUCGUUGCAGCCAGUCAAGGCCGAGGCCAUCAUUUCCAAGCCGAAUCCGAGUCUAACACAGAAGACCCGCACUCUCCACGCACGUAAGCAGGACGGUAAACGAGGUCGCUGCUCCCUAUGUGUCCAGGAUCACUAUAUAAUGUUCUGCGAUCUCUACCAGAGCAAGACGGCGGAGGAAAAGAGGCGUCACAUCGAGACGAACGAUUUGUGCCUGAACUGCUUGGGAAAGCACAAGGUAAGCGAGUGUGCCUCCCAAAAGACCUGUUCGUUGUGUCGCGCGCGUCACCAUUCGACCCUCCACGAGGCAUGUUCAACAGUCGAAGGCGCUAAGACGUCGCACUUAGCGCAACAUAAAACCGAGGCAACGAUGUCAGUGCUCCUCGCUACCGCACGCGUUCGCGUCAUGGACCGGUUCGGCCGCGCGCACACAGCACGCGCUCUGGUUGAUCAGGGCUCGGAAUCCUCGCUAGUUUCCGAGGCUUUAGCCCAGCGUCUUCGUCUGGGUCGGUCUCCUACCUCCGUCGCCGUAUAUGGAAUCGGCGGCAAGCAGACGGGCCUCGCACGCGGUCAGGUCACUCUCCAGAUCCGCUCUCUGUGCGACGGGCCCUUAAUAAACGUGACCGCCUUGGUCUUCCCCCAGCUCACCCUCUACGAAGGCGGAAUCAAGGCCGAUCGUCGAGCGUGGACGCACAUCCAUGGACUGGAACUCGCCGAUUCGGAUUUUUUGGCAACGGAUCCUGUGGACAUUCUUCUAGGAGCUGACGUCUACGCCAUGAUCCUCCAGGAAGGACGGCAGGGGAAAUUGCGAGAACCUGUGGCGCAAAAGACGGCGUUGGGCUGGAUAUUGUCUGGGGCCGUCGGUACGACUUCCACAUCGCGCCAUGCUUCGGCUCAUCAUUGCCUAGUCCAGGAAGAUCUGGGCGCUCUCGUACAGAAGUUCUGGCAGCAAGAAGAAUUAUCCGAUGCCGCUGUAGCUCUCUCGCCCGAGGAUCAAGAGUGCGAGAACUUCUUCCGCCAAACACAUUCGCGGUCCGCGGACGGCCGGUACGUCGUACGCCUGCCGGUCGUUUCCCCGCUGCCAGACUUCUCGGCAAUGCGCUCCACGGCGCUGCGAGUUCUCUUCAGCAUGGAGAGACGUUUCGCUCGGGAUCCUCCCUUUCAUGCUCUCUAUGCGGACUUCAUGCGGCAAUACGAAGACUUGCACCAUAUGUCUCGCGUGACUCCGGACGCCACAUCACGUAGGCCGGUGCAUUACUUGCCGCAUCACGGCGUCCUACGAAAGAGCAGCGUCACCACGAAGCUGCGCGUGGUCUUCAACGGUUCAACGCCGACUGCCUCGGGCAAAACCUUGAAUGACCACCUAAUGGUAGGCCCGAACUUGCUGCCUCCGCUCGCCGACGUGCUACUCCGUUGGCGACAGCACCGUUUCGUCCUAGCCACCGACGUCGAGAAGAUGUUCCGGCAGAUCCUGGUGCAUCCGGACGAUAAAGAUCUGCAAAGGAUCCUGUGGCGUGAUUCCCCGCAAGGCAGCCCUGCGGAAUAUCAGCUGAGCACGGUGACCUACGGCCUGGCGUGUGUGCCGUUUCUAGCAAUGCGCGCUCUGAGACAAUUAACCGAAGACGAAGGAAAGCAGUACCCUCUGGGAGCGGCCGCGCUUCUACGAGACGUCUACAUGGACGACAUCUUGACCGGAGCGUCGACGAUUACGGAGAUCCAGGAAAUGUGCAGCCAGCUGUCCAGUAUCUGCAUGUGGCACCCCGCCACGGACGACUUCUCCUUCGCCACCCGGCACAUUGCGCUGCCAUCCGUCACCAAGAGAUCCGUGCUGUCCUUGGUGGCGCAACUAUUCGACCCUCUCGGCUGGCUAGCGCCGGUCGUGGUCCGCGCCAAGAUUGCCUUCCAAUCAACUUGGCUUCAAGGACUCGAGUGGGAUGCCCCGCUCGACGACGUCUCCGCGUCAGCCUGGGUCGCCUUCAACGCCCAGAUACCAGCACUCGAGCAAAUCCGAGUACCUCGCUGGAUCAAUCUGAAUCCAUCUUGCACCCGCGUCGAGGUUCAUGGCUUCUCCGACGCCUCAGAACGAGCUCUAGUCACCGCCAAAACAAAGGUCACGCCGCUCAAACAGGUGUCGUUACCUCGCUUGGAGUUGAGCGCCGCCGUGCUUCUCUGCCGCCUAGCCAAGCACGCCAUGGAAAUCCUCGAUCUAACUGCGCCACUUCACUUGUGGACGGACUCCACCGUCGCGCUGGGCUGGAUCCGCGGCCAUCCAUCCAGGUGGCAGACCUAUGUCACGAACCGCGUCUCCGAGAUCCAGAGGACCACCCCGCAGGCUGCGUGGCAUCACGUACCAGGCCAGGACAACCCAGCCGACUGCGCUUCCCGAGGUCUCUUCCCCAAGGAACUGCUGGGUCAUCCGCUGUGGUGGCAAGGUCCGCCCUGGCUAAGGUUAGAAGCCGCCGCAUGGCCGACUGCCGUCGAUCACAUCACCGAGGAGCACCUGCCGGAGAGGCGCACCCGAAUCCACGUCAAGACCACAGCAGCAUCGACGAGCGAGGCCACCGAGUUGGUGCGAUUCUCCUCCCUGAAGAGACUCCUACGCGUGACAGCCUGGUGUCGACGGUGGCUGAGAGUGAAGGAAGGCCAUGCCACUUGCACUCACCGGAGCUUCCCCGGACUCCAUUCCGAGGGUCUCCUGCGGGUUGGAGGUCGGCUCAAGUACUCCAUCUUGGCCUAUGACGAGCGUCAUCCCGUCCUCCUGCCAAAGGGCUCGCACCUCACUCGGCUAAUCGUGGACGACUGCCAUAAACGAGCGUUGCACGGCGGAACGCAGCUCACUCUAUCAUUAAUCCGCCAGCAAUACUGGAUUCCACAAGGUCGAGCACUUGUCAAAGAGGCUAUCCUGCGAUGUCUUCCUUGUGUGCGAUGGCGGGCGGCGACCCCCCAACAGUUGAUGGGCGAUCUUCCACGAGAACGCGUAGUUCCAGCUAGGCCUUUUCUUCACACCGGGGUCGAUUAUGCCGGGCCAAUUCAACUCCGCACAACCAAGGGGCGCGGACACCGCUCCUACAAGGCCUUCGUAGCAGUCUUCGUCUGUCUUGCUUCCAGAGCCGUACACCUCGAAGUGGUCUCCGAUUAUACGGCCGAGGCCUUCCUUGCGGCUCUCAGACAGUUCGUCUCCCGCCGAGGCAUCUGUCGCAGUCUUCGGAGCGACUGCGGGACAACCUUUGUGGGAGCGAAUUCUCAGCUGAAAGCCCUCUUCACCGCGGCACGUCGGAAAGCCACCGGAUCGUCGACGGCCUCAUCUCCGAGAGGAUCGAGUGGAAGUUCAAUCCUUCCUCAGCACCGCACUUUGGAGGUAUAUGGGAGGCCGCAGUCAAGUCGCUCAAACAUCAUCUCUGACGGGUAA